UUUAACGAUUAGGUGAGCUUUAUACGUGUAAAUAUUAACCACCAUGAGAUAUUAUAUAAUUUCGGUAUUACACCUGAAUUGAAUCAUGCCCAAACUGCAUAAGAAAACCCUCAAGUCAGGAGCAACAAAAUUUUUCAAACGUUUCAAAAUGAAUCCUGCUGUAUCUAAAAAAAGCAAAGACGAUGCAAACAAAGAAGAAAGUGAAAUUGAUAUUUCAAAGGAGGCAAAGGGUAUAAUAGACAAAAUUCUGGGAGAUGUGAGCAAGACAUCUGCUACCAAACAGAUUAUUAUUGGCACAACAUCAGGAUGGGUAACUGGCUUUGUGACAAUGAAAGUUGGGAAAAUGGCUGCAUUUGCAGUUGGUGGUGGUAUUAUAAUAUUACAAAUAGCAGCACAUCAAGGUUACAUAAAAAUCAACUGGGAUAAAAUUCAGAAAAAAGCUGAGAAGAUCACAGAUAAGGUGGAGGAAAAAGUUACUGGUGAAGGACCAAAACUCAUAGAUAAGGCAAGGCUUUGGUGCCGAAAUAAUUCGUUUGUGGCAACAAGUUUCAUUGGUGGCUUCAUUAUUGGUUUAGCGUCCUAAAUAAAAAAGUGCUUAAUAUCUCACAAAACUGCGCGAGAAUAAUGUAUAUUGAGUACUUUUUAUAUUAACAUUGUAUGUUAGCUAUAAUUUUUAUUCUCAAUGGCAUGGAUAACCAAAAAUAUAAUUUAUCAGUUAAAUUAAUAAGAUUAUUUAAAUAUAGAGAAACAUUUUUAUUUUAGUCUUUUAAUGUGUAAGUUUAUAUGUGAUAAAAAUAUUUAUGGUACUGUAUGUUAUGUAUAUGCUAUUAAAAUUUUAAUGCUUUUAACAAAAGACAUGCAUAUGCAUUCAGUUGUCAAUUGCGUACAUUUAUGCAAAUUUAUGCAUUGAUACGACUAAAAAAAAAAGAUAUGGGAAUGGAAAAUGAUAAUGGACGUAUUGUGAAUAGAAAGUUUAAGUUGAUUUUGCAAUAAACAAAGUGUUUAGAA